GGAAACCGAAUCUUUCUGCGCGCGGGAUUUAAUUAAAGACAGCAAGAGGCGGGCAGUCAGUUCGUUUCCCUCCGCGCAGAGAACAAACAAACAAACAAACAAGUAACUGACCAACUUACUUAUCUGGAUAAAAAGCCGCGAGGAGAUUGUUUUCAACAUGGCGACGCCACCGAAGAGAGCCUUUCGUCUUUCCGCCGGUCCGCAGCUGAACGACAGCUUCUCCCGCAAAGAGAAGAAGAUCUCCAUCGAGGGAAACAUCGCUGCAGGAAAGUCCACGUUCGUGCGCCUCCUUCAGGGGGCAUCGGACGAAUGGGAGGUGACUCCUGAACCCAUCGGGAAAUGGUGCAACAUUCAGAGCGACGGUGACGACAUUUGCCAGGAGCUGAGUUCCUCUCAGAAAAGUGGAGGAAACCUGCUGCAGAUGUUAUAUGAUAAGCCAAGCCGCUGGUCGUACACCUUCCAGAGCUACGCGUGUCUCAGCAGAAUUCGUUCUCAGCUUCAGUCUCCGUCAGUCAAACUUCAGCUGGCUGAAAACCCCGUUCAGUUCUACGAACGCUCCGUCUACUCAGACAGGUACGUGUUUGCAUCCAACCUGUUUGAGGGUGGUAACCUGACGGAAACGGAGUGGAAUGUUUACCAGGACUGGCACACCUGGAUUCUGAACCAGUUUGAACGUGACAUCGCCCUCAACGGCAUCAUCUACCUGAGAGCUCAGCCACAGUGCUGUAUGCAGCGUUUGCUCCACCGGGGCAGGGAGGAGGAGCAGGGGAUUCCUAUGGAGUAUCUGGAACAGCUUCACUUCAAACAUGAAGCGUGGCUCUUCCACAGGAACCUCAGGUUGGACUUUGAGUACCUGAACGAUCUUCCUGUUCUCAUUCUGGACGUCAGUGACGACUUCAGGAACGAUCGUAUCAAACAGGAAGCCAUCAUCGACAAGGUCAGGGAGUUUCUCACCACACUAUAGAGCUUCAUCCACCCAUCACAGCCGGUGCUGUGAGUAGCAGUCUCGUCUGAUUGGACGACACAGUUACUGUAUUUUUAGGACCGAGUGAUGCAUCCUCUUCCUCCUCAGAAAGCUUUGUCUUUCCUCACCGCUGCACAGCAGCUGCAGCUAAACUUUUUGUAUUUUAAAUUGACUUGCCAAAACCUGACUGAGUGGGUCAGUGUGCUGUUUUUCAUGCUGAACUCCACUGAAAAAACCUCAUUUUUAACUGCAGAAUUAUGUAUAUUUUUAUUUUUUUGUAGAUAAAUGUUGAAAUGUCCUCCCUAGUAGCUCCAGCAGUUGGUCAGCAAUGGCAUUGUGUGUGUGUGUGUGUGUGUGUGUGUGUAAACACUAUGUAUUUACUUGAAUUAGUCUGAUAUUUAUGCUUCUUCAGUGCUUGUUUGUCCUGAUAAUCAGGUGUCAGUGAACACAUCACGAUCCCACUUUGAAUUAAAAAAACUCAGACUUAUUGUGUUUAA